ACACGCACACACACUCUCCCCACAGCGAUGUCACACCUACCCAACACCUCAGUGAGAGACCAUAUGAAAUGGGCAGGGCUGCUGGGUUGCGAGGCAGUGCUGUCGAGCAUGGCGCUGAUGCAGGCCAACUCUGUGUCCAGCCAUAAGAAGAUGGUGUCACCCCUGAGUCAGGGUCAGAGAGACAACCACAGCCAGGAGAGCCACGCCCACCAAAGCCACAUGGUCCUGCCCUCUGGAGUCAGCUGCCCACCACUGCUCAUCCGGAAAGAUGGAGAGUUUCACUCAUCUCGUUUGCUGGAUGAAAAAGACAUGCGAGCCAGUCAGAACGUGCAGCCGAAGAAAAAGCACCGAAAAUCAGGCACUCCCACCAAAGUGAGAGAAAAACCACAGGUGGAUUUGUCUGAUGUCAAUGGUGAUAGCUCUCUCAGUUCUCAAGUGCAGAAGAACUUCAUCUGUGAACACUGUUACGGAGCUUUUCGGAGCAGUUACCAUCUCAAACGGCACAUUCUCACCCACACAGGAGAGAAGCCAUUCGGGUGUGAUGUGUGUGACAUGAGAUUCAUUCAGCGUUACCAUCUGGAGAGACACAAACGAGUCCACAGUGGAGAGAAGCCUUAUCAGUGUGACCGUUGCCAACAGAACUUCUCCAGAACAGACCGGUUGCUGAGGCACCGGCGUUUGUGUGCGGUCGGCAUCCCUAAGGAGGAGAACCAGUCAUGCUGCGAGGGACGGCCGUACUCCCAGGACCCCCCCCAGCACACAGCUUCCUGGAGCCCCCUGCAGGCCAACAACAGCCAGCUGACUGUCUGAGCACCACCCCCAACACAGUGCACCCUCCCUCCCCUCCCCUCCCCUCCCCUCCCCUCCCUGUUCCCCCAACAACCCCAGUGGGAACCACAGAAAAGA